GACAGGUGUGGCUGUGGCGGACCAGAGGGUCAGUGGCCUGCACGAAUGAAUAAGCUUAAAAGCUUCGGUUCUCAGUUCUCAAAGGAGAAUAAGAGGAAGAAGAGGAAGAAGAAUGAUGAUGAUGAUGAUGAUGAUGAUGAUGAUGAUGAUGAUGAUGAUGAUGCUGAGGAUGAUGAUGGUGAGGAUGAUGAUGAUGAUGGUGGUGUUGAUUAUAUUUAUGAUAAUACUGAGGUUGAUGAUGAUGAUGAUGAUGAUGAUGAUGAUGAUGAUGCUGAAGGAGGAGGAGGAGGACUGACGGUCUCAACCGCCGACGCAUUCGUGUGA